UGAAAAGUAAGACAUAGUCACAAUGAGUGGCAGACCCCGGCAGCAGACCCUUUUCCAAAGCUGGGGGAAGCAGGCCCAACAGUCACGGACUGACCUCAAGCUCAACCAUGCUUCAACUUCUACCAGUGGUGCAGGGGUCAUUGAUUCCGAGGUCAUUGACCUCGUGGAUGAUAUGGAGGAUGAUGAGCUCCUCGCUGCAGCGAUGGACGGUUACGUCGAGACAAGCGAUCCUUCUUCAUACGUUCCAACAUCUACUGACUGUACACCUUUAGAAGACCUCCCUGGCUUUGACAUCUCAGCUGGAAAAUUAUGGAUCUAUCCUACCAACUACCCUGUCAGAGAGUACCAGUAUAACAUUGUUCAUCAAGCCCUGUUUAAGAACACUUUGGUAACCCUGCCAACGGGACUUGGGAAGACAUUCAUCGCGGCUGUAGUAAUGUACAACUUCUACAGGUGGUACCCAAUGGGGAAGGUCAUUUUCAUGGCACCCACCAAGCCUCUGGUGGCCCAACAGAUAGAGGCGUGUUUCAACAUUAUGGGAAUCCCACAGAACGACACUGCUGAAAUGACAGGAUCCAUGCCUCCAUCAGAGAGGAAAAGGGCAUGGCAGGAGAAGCGUGUGUUCUUUCUGACCCCACAGGUCAUGGUGAAUGACCUGAGCCGAGGAGCGUGCCCGGCAGAGGAUGUGAAAUGCCUGGUGGUCGAUGAGGCUCACAAGGCCCUGGGAAACCAUGCCUUUUGUCAGGUUGUACAAGAGCUAGUCAAAUUCACCCUGCAGUUUAGAGUUUUGGCUCUCAGUGCAACACCUGGAGGAGACCUCAAGGGAGUCCAGCAGGUUCUUUCUAACCUGUUAAUCACCCAUGUGGAGCUGAGAUCAGAAGACUCUGCAGACAUCCAGCCCUACACACACGAGAGAAAGGUGGAGAAGAUCGUGGUGCCACUCGGGGAUCAACUCAAACAGUUACAGGACAGAUAUCUGGCAGUUGUGGGAGUUUUUGUAGCAAGGCUGGUGAGGAACAAGGCCAUGUACUGCCGGGAUCCAGCCAAGGUCACCAAGUUCCAGCUGCUCAAGUCACGUGACCUCUUCAGGGCAAAUCCUCCACCUGAAGCACAGAACCGCGUACUACAGGGUUGCGUGGAGGGAGACUUUGCCACGUGCAUCAGCCUGUACCACGGUUACGAGCUCCUACUCCAACAUGGGAUGAAGUCCUUCUACUCGUUCCUCGCAAAUAUCAUGGAGGACGAGAAGGGAUCCAAGAAGAAAAGAGAGCUGGCUCAGAACCCAGACUUCAUGUUAAUGAUGGGGGAACUGAAGGAGAUGUUCAACCCCAGUGAUGGUAGUGGUUCGGUGGGAGGAUAUGCACUAUCUAGUGGUCAGGGUGUCUGCACCUCUCCAAAAACAUUCACCCAGAGGAAGGGGCCCAGUUCCCAGAAGCCUGUGGUUGUCAGUCAUCCCAAACUGGCCAAGCUGGAGGAGGUGGUGCAACAGCACUUCCAACAGUUUGAUAAUGAAGCAGCAGGCAGUAGUACCCAGGCGGCGACAAAACCAGCUGCCACCCGCGUCAUGAUCUUCGCCCAGUACCGUGACAGCGUGCAGGAGAUCGCUGACAUUCUCAAUCAUCACAGACCUCUCGUCAGAGUCAUGACCUUCAUCGGACAGGCCUCCACUGGCAAGGUCAAGAAGGGGUUCACACAGAAGGAACAGCUGGCUGUGAUGAAGAAGUUCCGUGAGGGUGGUUACAACGUGCUGGUGUCCACGUGUGUGGGUGAGGAGGGGCUGGAUAUCGGAGACGUGGACCUGAUCGUGUGUUUUGAUGCACACAAGAGUCCGAUCCGACUGGUGCAGAGGAUGGGUCGUACAGGCAGGAAGAGACAGGGCAGGAUUGUCAUGCUUGUUACUGAAGGGAAGGAGGAAAGGAUCUACAACCAGAGCCAGUACAGUAAGAAGAGCAUCCACAAGGCCUUACAGGGUAGUACCAGGUCUCUGAACUUCUACAUGAACAACCCCAGAAUGGUCCCUAGAGGGGUCAACCCUGCUGUGCACAAGAUGCACAUCACUGUGGGGAGCUAUCACUGUACAGCAAAGGGGAAGGACAGGAGGGGGUCUGUCAAGGGAAGCAAGGCCAUCACUUCUUUCACAAAAGCACAACCAAAAGGUAGAGUUGAAAAGGAUGAUGGGUUCCUGACAGCACAGGAGCUAGCUGUUUGGAACGAGAGGUACAAGCUGUCAGCCGAGGAGGAGAAAGCUGUCCCCAUCCUACAACCUGCUCGUUUUGUGCACUUAAAGGAUACAGGAACAAGGGACCAGCCCAGAAGACCAAGCCUGUCUCUAACUGAGUGGUCCAUCUGGCAGAACAGGCUACAGCCCACUCACCUGAUUGGACAUUCACAACGGUGCAAGCACUUUGUAGAGCUGAUGGAGUUCAUUGACCUCCAAAAGGAUGCUGAGGAUGAAGACAGCUAUGGCAUGGAGAUGAAGGCGUUCCUAAACAAAGAUGACAUCAUCACUACAGGCGGUACCUCACGCAGCGACAUCAGGACAUUUAUUACAGAUCCAAAACCUACAACAGAAAGACAGGGAGAUGUGGAAAAGAACUAUUCAGUUGGGAAGAGGAGAAGUAAGACAUUUGAAGGAAAUGAAACUCGGCCCAUAGAUUCUGAUGAUGACUUGCCCGUCAUAACACUCAACCCAAACACUGUAAGCAGCCCAAAUGUAGACACUGGUGACAGGAAUGGCAAAGGUAGCAAAGUUGGGAGGGCAAAAGAUAAGAAGAAGUCGCCAAGAGGUCCUAAUAGUCUGCCAAAACAGAAGAGAAAACCAUUGGUAGUAGAACUUGAUCACGACUCAGACUUUGAAUCGCAGGAAGGCAAGGAAAGUACCUCUGCCAAAGGUAGCUCAAUUGUGGAUAGGAGUUUGCAGAGAGAAGCAGAAGUUGUUCAGGAAAACAAAGAUAAAACUUUAGAAGCUACAUGUCAAAGCAAAAGAGAUGAUGACGUAGAGGAUGAAGGCUAUAUGCCAUUUGAUGGUGAUGAUUGUGCAAUACAAGAAGAUACCAUGACUGUCACAGAUGCAACUGAUGUGGAAGAUGAUGAGGAAGAUAAAUGGGAAGCAAUUUUCCCAACAUUUCUACAUAAAAAUAAGAGUAACAUUGCAAUGCCUGUAAAAGAAUCAACAAGAGAAAAUGGAAGGUAUAGAGUACCAACCCCACCAUCCCUUGACUCCUUUGAAUGGUUGGAGAGACUGGAGGAAGAAAUGGGUUCUUCCAUGGAAGACAGUCAAGACAAUUCCCUCAAACAACCGUUUCCUUGCAAAAAGUCACUGAUCUUUGAAGCUGUCAGUAAUUAUGUUUCUGAUGAAAACAAUCCUAUGUGUACAGAACACAAGACAGAAAAUUCAGAUUUGCAAGAAGAAAGAGAAAAAGAACAAGACAAUAGUGUUUCACAAAGUAAACAGAUUCUAAAACAACAUUCAAUAGAGGGAUCAAGACAUGUAGAAAAUGCAAUUAGACCAGGUGAUAUUUCUAGAUCAAAACAAAACAGAGAGCGUUCUCAUGUGACCAAGACCAACGACUCGUUGGUUCUGCCAAGCAAAAUGCAGGAAGAAACAAAGAUAGUAGAUGAGACAGACAUAGAAGGAAGUGACAGUGACUCUCUGUUUGGAAAUGGAAGUGAUGACAUGUUUGCAGAGAUGGAAAUUGAGGAAGAGACAGCAGAAUGUCCUGAAGAGGAAGAACAACAAACCAGAACUGUAGAUGAUCAAGUACAGAACACAAAAACAGCAGUAGAAGUAGGCAACCAAGAUAUAUCAAAUCAUAGUGUCUCUCCUGUGUUCGACACCCGCCAUCCUUUACCUACCAACUGUAGUCCACCAUCUUUGUUUUCAGACUAUGAGGAGUCUUUCCACACCGAGGUAUCUUCUAAACCAACCAAAAAUCAAGACCACAACAGUGACAAGCCACCAACAGUUCCCAUGGUUUGUGCCAAAAUGCCUCCAUCUCUACAACAGGUUGUAGCUGAUGAUAGUCUAUUGGGAGUAGAUGUAGAUGUUGGGAUGACACAUACUGAUGGAGAACAGAUUCCACUAGAGGAGGAAGGUCCAAUUGCCGUGAACUUUGACCUGGGCGGGGACAGUCUUUUGGAACCCCAGUUUGACCUGCAGUUCAGCGAUGAGGACAUGUUUGCGGAUUCUAGCCCCUCCGGUCAAGUCACAGAAACAACCAGGGAUUUGAUCGGUUUUGAAAAAGAAACUUUGUCAGAAGGCUUUCCUCUUCCAAUAAAGACUAACAGUGGUCCUAAGCAUGUUGAAGAAGAGGAUGCUUUUAAUUCUAUACCCAACACUCCUCCAUUUCAAAGAUACCAGCAGGGUGCCAAGACAGCAACAUGCAACCAUCAAGCAAAUGACACUUUUCCUGCAAACAAUAAUGAUGAAGCAGAUGGAGUUGGACAUGAAGAACUUUUCUCUGAGUGUGAUAUAGUAGCCAGUACCCCUGUUCAUGGCCCUGGAAGGACGAGUACAAGGGUAUCACUGAGGAGCAAGAGAAAUGCUACUCCAGACAACUUGUGUACUGACGACAGUAGUUCUCCAAAGGAACCUACAAUACCAAAGAGACAUAAUUCUGAAAGUUUGAAGGGAAUCAAUAGAAACACUGUUGUACCAGCUCCAAGUAGAGGAUUAAACAAGAAGCAGUUAGAAACAUGCAAUGAUGAACCCACUUCUGUUGGCAAAAGCAAACCAGGUGCAUCUGCUGCCACCUGGAGCUGUUCCACCUGCACCUUCCUGAACCAUGCCCUGUUGUCUGCGUGUGAAAUGUGUGACUCUCCCAAACUAGGUUCGAAUUCCCCAGAUCCUCACAAGGCUACUGUUGUAUCCAGUGACAGUGAUGAAGAUGAUGUAGUGGUGAAGAGGAAACGGUCCAGAGCACAGGUGCUCAACUCACCUGAGACAUCAACUGUGGAACGGAAGGCUCCUGUGUCCAGUGACAGUGAUGAGGAUGCAGCUGUAGUGAAGAGGAAACGGUCCAGAGCACAGGUGCUCAACUCACCUGAGACAUCAACUGUGGAACGGAAGGCUUCUCUGUCUAGUGACAGUGAUGAGGAUGCAGCUGUAGUGAAGAGGAAACGGUCCAGAGCACAGAUGCUCAGAUCCCCUGAUUUAUCAGCUGUGGAAGACCCCACGGAUACAUUCUUAGCAAAAGGAAUUGGUAAAGGACUUAGAAACAAGGUGCUGGACACCACAGCAGAAGACUCUGACAGUGACUUUGACCUUCCAGCACAGUCAGUGCACAAAUACAACCAACAGGUCUCAAGGCAAGACAACAGACAAAAGAAGGAUGUAGGCAGGAGAAAGUCUAAGAGUCACAGAUCUAGACAUGUUGCCAGAGGCUUCCUGGAGGAGGAGGCAGAGCUAAGUGAUGAGGAGGCAGAGUUUGUGUCAUCAGAUGAAAAUGAGGAGGGAGAUGACUCGUUCUUAGAGGGUUUUGUCAGCUACUCCUCUCAGUGCACACAGGCUACCUCUGAAGAAGAGAUGAGAGCAGUCUACCUGCAGUCAGUGCGGAGUCCAGCCCUGCAUGCUGGGAGGGGAUACAAACUGGUCAAGAAACCAUGGGACCCAGAUAUCUUCUCUCAGGUCCCUGCCCCAGAUAUAGAUGACUAUGAACAGGACAGUUUCUGUGUGGGGGAUGAUGAGGACAUCUCAGCAGCAGAGUGCACCAUGGUGGAACCUGUGAGGGAGUGUACAUCACCUGACCUGGGCGGGGUUAGAACCAGGAGACAGAAAAGAGCAGCUGUACUAGAGGACACUCCGGAGAGAAAACAGCAAGGACAGCCAAAGGGCAAGAGGAAAAGGAUUGUGAUGGCGGACACUUCUAGUGAUGACGACAGUCCUGGUCCAACUAAACACCAAGCUAAGAUCCUCACAACUCCUCCAAGGUUUGACAACAAAACUGAAGAACAACCCUUCAAGACUCCUGUUGGAAGGCCUCCUGCAAGGAGAUCUCUGAUUGGACAAGCCAGUGGAAGGAGAAAUAUGUCUUUGGGGAUAUCCAAUGAGAUAGAAGAUCAUGAUGAUGAUGACUUUGACACCAGUAGAUACAACAGGAAACUGUGCAAUGAGGAUCCAGUAGAUAGGUGCCAGACUAAUUCAUUAUCUAGGAGAAACACAACAAGUGUACAGGGGGAAAUUGUGUCAACACAGAGACUUGAUAUGAGCUUGGCAGAAAGGCUGAGAUUGAAACAGACUAUGGUAGGGAAAAGUAGUAACUUUGAUGGUAAACAAAAUACAUCUGCAUCAGCUAGUGUGCCUGUGGACAGAAGAAAAGACUUUGGUGGGAAAUUACCUCAGAGAUUUGAGCAAUCACUGACCAAGCAAGUGGAAUCAGGGAAAGGAGUAGAACCUACCAGUACCAUCACAGAUGACAUGAGUACAAGGAGACCUGAACCUAGUCCAAGAAUGAUGAAUACUACAAUCACCACACCAAGGUCUGCAUUGUCACGGAAACUGGAAAAACUGGUGGUGCUGGUGGACUCUAGGGAGAUAGCCUCAUCACAGCAGGUAGUGUCCUCCCUGCGGUUCCACCAUGACAUCAAUGCUGUGGUGUGUCAGCUGGGCAGCUGUGACUACAUCCUCAGUAACAGGAUGGGCGUUGAGAGGAAGACUCUCUCAGAUUUCGGUAACAGCACCAAUAGAGAGAAGUUGGUCCAGAGGGUGCAGGAGUUGUGUGAACUGUUCGACAAGCCCUGCCUCAUCGUGGAGAAGGACAGGGUUAAGCCUGGUAUGGAGCCCAAGAAAGCCAGGACACCAACCAAGUACCACAGCACUGUGCUGGCAGCCCUGGCUCACACCCCUGUCACUGUGCUCUUUACUGACACCCAAGAACAAACAGCUUCCUUACUAGCUGACUUGGCCAAACUAGAGCAGAGGAAAGGUAACUCUGUAAAUGGAAGUCCUGAGGUGGAAGCAGAAGGGGAACAGGUGUUUCGGAUGUACCUGUCCAUGCCAGGUGUGCACUAUGCCACAGCCCUUAAUUUGUAUUACAACUGUGGUGGACUGGCAGAGCUCAUGAAAUGCACAGCCAUGCAGUUACAGAUGAAGGGAAAGAUGUCUCUUCAGAAGGCAUCUUCUCUACACCAAUUUCUCAGGCACAACUUCAACCCUCAGAUGUUAGUAGACAAAUAAUAUUAGCAAAAAUUAACAUUUGGAGGUGUUCCAAUCUUUGAGAUCAAAGACCACUGAUUCAGAAUUGUAUGUAGUCAAGUAUUUUAUUUUCAAGAAGAAAAGCAAUGCAGAAAUAUAUAUUUAUUUACAAAUGUCACCAGAAUUAAUAUAUUUACACCAAAUUCUUUUGACAAGUUCAAAUGCUCACAAAGAACCAUCAUAGAUACUGCAGAUAUAACAGCACUUCAAAAUAAUUAUCUUUUCUACUUAACUUGCAAACUGCUGCAUGUCAUCAACAAGUGUUCAAAGUGUAAAGCUUCCAACUGAAGGCUUUGAAAUUGGUAAACUUCUCUAUUUUGACACCAACAAGAAGUGAAUAAAGCUUAUCUAA